AUGUCCGUCUUUGGCGCCCUAAACCGCUUUAUAUCGCGGCUCGAUGCCGCACCCCUCCCCGACGACACCGGCACGCAGCACCAAUCGUCGACGAAUGGCGCGUACGGCUUCCAGGUGCUGCGCAAUGCUAAUUUGGAGAUUCCGCUUGAGCCGUGGUUUGAUUUUGUGAUUGGUAUUAAUGGGAGGACUAUUGAUAAUCCGGAUCCCAAUCUCUUUACGACAGAGGUACGCAAUUGUGCCGGGACAACUAUUAGCUUGGGUAUUUUCAGUGCAAAGGGCCAGAAGAUUCGCGAAGUCUAUCUUCAGAUCCCAGCAGAUCAACCCACGCUAGGAAUCGCCCUGCAAUGGUCACCACUCGCCGUUGCAGAAGAUGUCUGGCAUAUCCUGGAUGUAGCCCCGAACUCGCCCGCAGAUGCCGCAGGACUACUUCCCUACGGUGACUACGUCAUUGGCAGCCCCGAAGGUCUCGUGCGCGGCGAGUCUGGACUCGGCGAGCUUGUCGAAGACUUUCUAAACAGGCCGUUGAGACUCUAUGUUUACAACCACGAGUACAACGUGACCCGGCCCGUGACUAUUACGCCGACGCGAAACUGGGGCGGUGAGGGUGCAUUGGGUUGCGUCCUCGGUUUCGGUGCGCUGCAUCGUAUUCCAGCCGGUCUAGACGAGCCUCCGCCAGCUCCUGGGGAAACCUUCUUCUCGGCAGGCGAUGCUAGCGGAACUACGUCGUUUGACGAAAAACGUCCCUUGGUGUCUUCCAUGGGCAUUCCUGCUCAGUCGGGUGCACCAGCUGAGCUCUUCGUCCCAGCCAACAUGGCGCUACCGGCCAAGUCGCCUCCUCCCCAAGGCACCGCACCCCCGCCUAAAAAGAAGGGCAGAGCGCACCAUGUGGCCAGUACGGCGACUGGUGGCGGUGGACUGGAUGACUACUUCAAGGAAGGCGAGCAGAAGAGUCUGGAGCAAGAUUAUGCACCGACGAAGGGCAGCGGCGUGCCUCCUCCGCCCAAGGCUGGUGGUCCGCCUAGAGGACCUCCAAAGAGUGGUGGUGCAAGUAGAACAGGUACACCACUGCAAGGCGGCGGCGGCGAUGCUGAGAGUUCAACUGGCGCUGGUACAGAAGAAACAGCAUGA